GUCCCUGGGUAACAGUUGCCCUUGUGACAUCAUGGCCAUCUCCUCCACCACCCAUCCUGUCCCUGAUGGGAUCAGAGGAAAAGCCACCAGCGGGGGAUGACCACCUGAGCAUCUGCCCCCCACCAUGGGCUCUAAAGCUUGUAAAUGUGGUCCAGAAAUACACAUAGUUGAAAACAAGAGGCAAGAGAAGUCGCGCCUUAAAAAACGCCGCAAAAGAAGGAUUAAGGCAGCUAAGAAGAUUCAGGCCUGGUGGCGUGGCCACCUGGUACGACGGACCCUGCUUGUCGCUGCCCUCAGGGCCUGGAUGAUUCAGGGCUGGUGGAGGAUGAUUCUGCUGAGGCGGGCAUAUAAGCAGCAGAAAUUACUUCUGAGGCUGUAUGUAAUCCAGGAGAAGUCAGUUGUCAAGCUCCAGUCCUGUUUUCGAAUGUGGCAGUGCCGUCAAUAUUGCCAACUGGUCCAAAAUCUCCCUGAGUUCCAGACCCCAGAGAGCAACCUUAUCUUCCAGAACAAUGAAGUUCUGCAGGUACCAAGUAAAGCCGUUUCCAAGGAACCAGAGUUCCACAUUGAAAUUGUAUCAAUCUAAAGGCCUGCAGCAUCAAGAAUUGGCUCCAGUGCCUCAAUAAAUGUCUGACUUGA